CGCGUGGCCCAAGGCAUACGCCAAAUAAUCGAAAAAAAUGGCCAACGAUCCGGGCGCUCGCUCGAGGGAUUGAUUUCGCAAAUUCGCGUGCAACAAGUGUCCGCCGUCCGAUCGACGUACCACGUGAACAUUAGUGCCGUCGUCGCGGCCGACAUGGCGUAGGCCGACGAUCGCCGUUGGUUUUCUGACGGGAUUCGCGGAUCGUAAACAAAGUGCAUGUUUCGUAAAUAGGCCUCCGGGUUUGCGUUUCGAGCGUGCGAAACGAUGGAGGCCGUGCGCAGAUCGAGCAGAAAUGCCGGCGGGAAAUCCGGCAAGUCCAAAUCACCCGGGACGGGAGACGACGACGCCGAGAGGCCGAGGCCCAGGGGCAGGCCUAGGAAGGUUAUAAAACAGGAAAGCGCGAAGAAAGCGUCCCGGAAAAGAAAAAGGUUGUCGGAAGGAGAAGUCGACGGCGAGAGUCUCGAGGAGUUACUGGACGAGACGGACCGCCACGCGCAGACCAUGGACGCGGUCGAGAGCCAACUCGAGAGCCUGUUCUCGAAGGACGGGAAGAAGAAACGGGGGCGGCCGCUCAAGCAGGUCAAAAUUACGGACCUGAUGGGCGCGAGGAUCAAACGGGAACAAUCGCAUGAUGUCGAGGACGAAGAGGGCGCGGAUAACGAUGGCCUGGACCCCGACGAUGACGAGUCCGACGUGGAGGACCCCCGCAUGGAAUGGUUGCCCGACGAUUACGCGGAAUACAAGCAGAUUCAUUCGUUGAAAAAAGUGCGGCGGGUGUUGUUCAGAUGCGAAAUGUGCCAGGGGGACUUCCCUUCCGUUCAGUGCCUCAAAAAACACGAAGCCCAGUCGGGGCACGUGUCGGUGAACCAGAAAUCGUCGGACUUGUUUCUCGCCCAGGACGCGAACGGCGACGUGGACGAAGACUCGGACACAGAGAGCAGAUCAGAAUGGGUGCCCGAGGACUACGCGGAAUACAAGCUGAAGCAUUCCCUGAAGAGGCAGAAGAAGGCGACAAUCUACAAGUGCAAGAUCUGCCUACAGAUCUUUCCUUCAUACUAUAAGCUGUGCAAGCACCGCGAGAUCCACUCGGAGAAGCCGCAGCCCUACGAGUGCAAGCACUGCGAGGAGAAGUUCGCCGACGUCGACACCCUCACCGCGCACAUCCGCAUGCAUCGGGGAAAACACCCGUAUCCGUGUCGCAAGUGCGACCAGGGCUUCAACACGAAGGAGGAGCUGGAAAAGCACCAGCCGAUCCACGUGCUGAGGAAGCUGUCGACGCCGGUUAAGCGGUUCCGUUGCGACAUAUGCUCCAAGGAGUUCAGCAAGCUGUCGGACAUGGAGCGGCACACGCGGGUCCACACCGGCGAGAAACCGUGCGAGUGCAACAUCUGCCACAAGCGGUUCCAGCAGUCCCACAACCUCAGCAAGCACCUGUUGUCGCACCUCCACGUCAAACCGUACCAGUGCGAGAUAUGCAACCGCAAAUUCGGCAGGAGCGACGUGCUCAACCGUCACCUGCUGAUCCACUCGAUCGAGAAGCCGUACAAGUGCACCAUCUGCCUCAAGGGUUUCAUCCGGAGCAUCCAGUACGCGCACCACAUGACCAAGCUGCACCCCGAAGCGGCGCCGUCCGCCGCAGACGACGCCGACGCCAGCUAAGAACUUUUUACACCCGCCCCGUAUAUACAUGUAGUGGCGGACCGCCUUUGUGUACCUUACUUUUUAUCGUCGCCCUUUUUUGUCCGACGCCACUGGCGAGCGAAAUAAAACGAUCCGCGCGCCAUCUUUGUGUUUUUUUUUAAUCGUUAAAAACGUAGUAGUUCUUUCGUCCCGAUCCUGCAAUCGCUUCUGUGCGGGGGCGGAAGAGGUU